CUGUUUUAGAUAUUUAAAUAAAGCAAUAUUGGAAAUUGUGGCUUUUCACGUUCUUAAGUAAAAGUUUUAAUGAGGUAGGUUUUUUGUGUAAUGUGUGAUUAGCUUGUUUUGUAACCCGGCGUUGUGUUUGUUUCUUUAUCCGCAUGCCUUCAACAGCCUCAGAACUAUAGACCCAACUUUGGGCAGAAAAUCCUCUUUGACAUCACAGGUAUUGUGAGCAGAAGCUCAACGUCCUGAUACAAAGAAAUCGUUGUUCUGCCAACCUCGUAAUUAGUCCGAGUUAGCCGAAGCGUAGCAUGUGAAAGAAGGGGCAGUUAUAAAGAGUGUUGCUGUUGGGUCUAAGAAGCACCCUGAAGGACAGAGCACACACCAGACCACACAGACUGUGUUACUGAGGAAAGAAUCAUGGUCAGUCGCGCCGGCGAACUCGGACCUGCCUCUGUCAUCGCACUGCGUGGCUGAUGUGGCGAUGUUUUCGAACAUCCUGCUGGAGACUAUAAGAAGAUCUUUGAGACUGUGGAGGAGCUCAGUGAACCCCUUCCGGCGACCGUCACUGGUCGAAUCCCAUCGUUUAUCAGAGGAAGUCUGCUCCGGCUGGGUCCGGGCCUGUUCGAGGUCGGGUCUGAACCCUUCUAUCAUCUGUUCGAUGGUCAAGCCCUGAUGCACAAGUUUGAUUUCAGCAACGGUCAGGUCACUUACUUCCGCAGGUUCAUUAAAACAGAUGCUUACGUCCGUGCCAUAACAGAGAACCGUAUUGUAAUCACUGAAUUUGGGACAUGCGCUUAUCCAGACCCCUGCAAGAACAUCUUCUCCAGGUUUUUCUCUUACUUCAAGGGUGUCGAAGUAACAGAUAACUGUCUGGUCAAUGUUUACCCCAUUGGAGAAGACUUCUAUGCCGUCACAGAGACCAACUACAUAACUAAAGUGAACCCGGACACUUUGGAGACAUUAAAGAAGGUGGACAUGUGUAAAUAUGUCAAUAUAAACGGAAUCACGGCUCAUCCACACAUCGAGAGAGACGGUACUGUCUACAACAUCGGAAACUGCAUGGGGAAAGGAGCAUCUCUGGCUUACAACAUCAUCCAGAUCCCACCAAAACAGAAAGAUAAAUCGGACCCUAUCGAGAAAUCCAAGGUGGUGGUGCAGUUUCCCAGCGCUGAGAGGUUUAAACCAUCCUACGUGCACAGCUUCGGGAUGACGGAGAACUACUUUGUGUUUGUAGAGACUCCCGUCAGAAUCAAUCUGCUGAAGUUCCUGGGUGCCUGGGCCAUCCGCGGAUCCAACUACAUGGACUGCUUUGAAUCUGACGAGCAGAAAGGAACAUGGAUUCACAUAGCCAGGAAAGAUCCAGGCGAAUACAUUGACUUCAAAUUCAGGACUUCAGCGAUGGGUCUUUUCCACCACAUCAACUGUUAUGAAGACUCUGGGUUUAUAGUUUUUGACCUGUGCACAUGGAAAGGAUUUGAGUUUGUGUACAACUACCUGUGGCUGGCGAACCUGCGUCAGAACUGGGAAGAGGUAAAAAAACAAGCCAUAGUCGCCCCUCAACCUGAAGUGCGCAGGUUUGUUGUCCCGCUGGAUCCCUACAAGGAGGAACAGGGGAAGAAUCUGAUCUCUUUGCCGUACACUACAGCCACAGCGACGAUGCGUGAAGACGGAACCAUCUGGCUGGAGCCUGAGGUGAUUUUCUCAGGACCGCGCCAAGCCUUUGAGUUUCCUCAGAUCAACUACAAAAUGAACAACGGGAGGAACUACACGUACGCCUACGCGCUCGGCUUGAACCACUUCAUCCCUGAUAGGAUUUGUAAGCUGAACGUAAGGACUAAGGAGACGUGGGUGUGGCAGGAGCCGGACUCGUACCCUUCGGAGCCGCUGUUUGUCCAGAACCCUGAUGGUCACGAUGAGGACGAUGGUGUCCUGCUGACCAUCGUGGUGUGUCCCGGAGCCCAGAGACCGACAUACUGCCUGAUCCUUAACGCCAAGGACCUGUCGGAGAUCGCCCGGGCCGAGGUGGACAUCAUGUCUCCUGUCACCUUCCACGGCAUGUACAAACCAUAAAAAAAAAGGAGCGAUUUCCGGAUCCUUCCGCAUCAUCUCUACACUUUUCAGAUCUGUGUUUUUAUCCCUUUCCAUGUUUGGUGCCAAAAGUGUUACAAAUGAAUAUUAAAAACGUGACUAAUUUA